AGCACGAUAGCGUCGUUAUACGCCAUAUUGGCGAGAGUUACCGCCAAUUUGAUACGUAAUGUAGAAUGUGCGUAUAUCGUAGCGAUUAAUUUUGUGCCGAAACAAAGAUUCCGACGGUUGUUUGUGCACAUGGGAGUUCAUCCGGACGUAAGAAAAACUCGAGCACCGUGACGUUAGCCUGAUUACGCGCCGCCAUGCCUGACCACUAUUGUUUUUUGUGCGCGAGCGACGAGGGUGUCUUCCUGGACGUUACGGCAGACAAUCAGAGUGUAUUUGGCGAUCAACUCGAAACAUGCUUAACCACUAAGAUUACUGAGAAUAUCGAGUUGUCGAACAAGGUGUGCUACAAGUGCGCGUAUGAACUGGACCAGUGCACCAAGUUCGUGAAGAAGUACAAGGAUUCACACGAGACCUCAAACUCGAAGGCGCCAGCAGCGCCGUCUUCCUGCUGCCUGUGCCUGGAGUUCGUGGAUAGCAGUCGCAUCUUCGACAUCACCAAGGACAGUCGCGCAAUAUUCAGUCCCCUGCAGAAGAUCCGCAAUAUUUUCAAUGAGGACCUCACCAAGACAGAUGCUAAACUAAUAUGUUUGACGUGCCGGUAUAACUUGGAUGUUCUUUAUGAUUUGAAAAAAAUUUAUCAAGAGACGAUUAUCAAUUUAAAGGCUCUGAUCAACAAGGAAAUAGACUAUUCAAGCUUUCCGAAGGUACACACAGAUGUCGUAAAUCGCAAAACAACCGUCACUACGUUUCCGGAUAUCACAUUCUAUGGUUCAUUAAGUUCUGACAGCGAGGGCGAGAACAUGUCACGUCGCAAGUCGCGCGUCAAGAGCCGCAAUGCGCCGCGGGGCAACGCGCAGAAGAAGCUGAAAGGUGCCAAGGCGAAAGUACGGACUUGCGACCAGUGUCGCAACGUUGUUGCGACCGGCAGUGACAUGUACAGAUUCCACCGCACGGGGUUGACAGUGUGCAAGAGCUGUUGGAUAACGAUGGACCCGAACAGAAGUAAAGGAAGGCGACGAUCGCUGAAGAAUACGAAAACGAAACUGUGUACGGUCUUCUUGACGGACGUGCUGAGCGAGGGCUCGCACGAGAAACCGUACAAGCUGGAGGAGGACGAGGAUGGUAACAAGCUAUAUGUGAUACUGGACGACAGUUCAGAGGACAGAUCGUCCGUGAGCAGCCGUCAGAGCGCCUCGCCCAAGUCGCAGAAUCACACAGCCACAGCCGCCAGCGCGUCGAAAAAGCGGGGAAAGAAACGGCGAAUAGACAUUAAGAGCGACAUCGAGACCACGCCGGUGAAAAUGACGAGAUCGAGCACGCAGACGAGUACGACAAUCCCUGAAACGAGAUUGACGAGAUCGAAGACAAUAUCCGACAAGGAACAGUCGCCCAACAUGCCUGUGACGCGACGGGGACGCAAGAGGGCGAGUACCGCCAGCUCCGACUCGGACGUUGCUCAGCUGACGUCGAAGGAGACGCGUGCACGUACAUCGAACGACCGCGCCAAGCCCGCGUCACCCGUAUUACGCGCAUCGAUCACAUCACCCGCGGAAAACACAAAAAAAUCAAACAGGAAGAGGCUGAGGUCUUUUACCUUGGACGGAGCCGCGCUUUCGGAACAUAGCGACGAUUCGUCCAACGAGAACAGCCGAAGUCGGAAGAAGAGUAACGCGUCGAGCACAUGGGCCACCCCUACGGUCAAACCGGAAGUCGAGAUCAAACGGGAGAUUCGCAACAGAACGCGGUCGUCCUCGAUCUCCAGCACGGAAAUGCCGUUGGCAGAAUUCAAGAGUCCGGAAUCUGUGGAGGUGAAGGCGGAAUACACAUGCGACAAGUGCAGCCAGAAAUUCGACAACAAGAUACUGAGCGUGGAGCACAGGUUGACACACCUCAAGCAAAUCACCUUGAAGCUCGAGAGAGUCAACGUCGACAGCGAGAAGCAGGAAACGAAGGAAGACGAGACUUCUAAGGAAGUAAAGUCGCCGUGCAGCAGAACCGUAUCCAUCGACAAGCAGGGUGACGAUCCGUCCGAGGAAAUUGCUAUCAACGUCGAGGACGACACCGACGACGAAGAAAUCUUUAGUUUGUUGAAAAACGAAAUCAAAACCGAGGAACAGGUAAAGAUGGCGAAGCACGACGAAAGUGAAAAAAGUGAGAAAGCCGAUGCAUCUGACAAAUUGGACACGGCAGAGGAUGAAUCGCAGAGGACAGAAGAAGAAUCUACGAAAACUCAAAGCGACAAAGACGUUUCAGUGGAAGAAUCUGAACAACGCGAAGAAUCGAUGACGCCAGAUAAGUCGACGACGCUAGAUAAGUCGACGUCGCCAGAUAAAUCGUUGACGCCAGAUACACCGGUGACGCCAGAUAAAAUUCAGGAGAAAGAUACAAAGGAUAAAGACGAAAAGGAUCAAGACAUCAAGACGCCAAUUGACGGAGCCACUGAUACAUCAAAAGACAAAGAUGUGAAAGAGAAAGCUACCGUUGCUUCAGCUGAUCAAGACGCGGAGGAAUGCGAAACGGUACAGGCGGAGGACGAGGCGGAAGUGCUCACCGAGAAAAAGGAAGAACAACCUGUUAGCGAGUGUAAUAACGACACGGAGAAGGUUCAGGAGGCGACGACGCACAAUGAGGAAACGGUGGUGGAAUCACUAGUCAAUAACGCGCCGAAGGAUCAAGACGAGAACUGCACAAACGAAUCGGAAAAUAACAGUCGAGACAAUAAAGACGAGGAGGUACAGGACGUUGAAACAACACAAGACAAUUUAACGAACGAAUCUCAAAAGGAAAGUAACAAUGACAAAGACGAGGAGGAGUCGGAGAAGAAGAAUAAAACCACGACGGACAUCACGAGUAAGACAAAGGUACCAAAUGACAAGAAGCAUUCGGACGACUUAACAAUAAUAGACGAAAUCGGAGUCACGGCGUCGGAGCAGCAGCAGAACGGAGACAAUCUGAUUGCCGAGAUGCUCGCGGACAAGCCUAAUGGCAUAGGAGACGAGCCGGAUCUCUCGAACUGCGACAAGCUGGACGGGACGGCAAACGAUGUCCAAGACGAUGUCCAAGACGAUGAUGACAUCCUGAUGGUUCCGCUAGCCAACAAUAACGACGUGGCGAAGGCCAAGAAGCUCACGGACGAAGCACUUUUGAAGGACGAUCCUCCAGAAGAGAACUACAAACUAGAAGACGGCAUCAAGAGCCUCGAGCGAUUGAUCAAGGAGACGGUGGUGAGCGAGGGCGAGUAUGGGGAGCAGGAGAACUCGAAUCACGUGACGUCGAACAACAGUCCCGCAGACGCGGCGAACGAGAUUCUGAGCGAGGUGUUCAACCUGGCGGCCGCCGAGGUGCAGAAACGGGAGGAUAACAAGAUCACGAAGGACCUGGACGACACCGAGAUAGAGACUCUGGAGAACAUAUCGCGCGAGAUACGUAACAGCGCCGAUAUGCCGUCAUUGGACCCGAUCAGUAUGAUGGAGCUGGACGACGACGACAACCACGAUGAUAUCACGUUGGAUUAAGGGCUGUAAGAGAACUUACGCAUGCGCGCACGCCAAUACAUACUUUGUACAUACUGUCGCAUUUUUAUGCGAGCACUUCGCCGUGUGUGCAAUGCACAUCCAUUAUAGAUUCCCAAUUAGCGGAAGCGGAGGAUAAUAAACGGAUUGGACGUCUAUAAUUUACAAUCAUAAUUGCGAGUUAUUUUUUUCUCAUCCAGUAUAUUGAAAUGUUCGCAGAAUAUUCAUGUUUUUAUUUCUCCCGAGUUGCCUCUUCUGCCUCCUCUUAUUGAACGGCGAGAGAGACGCGGCAACGGUUGACACGGGACCUUAUGCCACGCAUUGAAGUUAAUUUUUUCAGUGUAAGGAGCUCGUAUGAUUAUUAUUAUCUAGGCAUAUUAGGAUAAGCAAGAUUACACAUUAAUUUCCUGCAUUGCUUGUCGUAUGGAUGUAUGAGCUAUCCGCACGAUGUGAUUUCAUUGGAGAGUUUCAGCACUCGUUCGUUAUCGAGAUGUAGAACCGAAGCAUAAAAAGGGAUGUAGGAAGCCUUUUUGCGCACCGAUUUUUUUAUACUGAUCAAAAUAAGUUUGAGAGUAGUGUGGAAAUAUAUCGGCGACUGAUAGCUGAUACAUCAGAUUGUAAGAAUGUCCGACGCCAUCACGAUCGUGAGAGCCAUUGUCACUGCAGUCAAGAUCCACAAGUAUGCAUAAGAAUUUAGAUGUAAAAGAAGGAGAAAAAGAAAAACAAAAAUGUAGAAAGAGCAUGCCACCGAGGUAUCCAACUAGGAGAUAAGAAAUUCACAAUUGUAACAAUAAGCAACGAACUUUUAUCGUGAGGGAUGAAGGGGUGGAAGACACGGAAGAGCACAGCGAAACGGCUGGAUCUCUUGUUAAGCCAGCCGUUAUAUCUCGCUGUUGACGAAGUGAUUCGUGAUACGCGGUACGUUAUAUAUAUUAUACAUAGUACGUCAAAAUCUUUGGAGUAUAUAGGCAGAUUUGGUAUGUAUUUAAAUUCUCUGCGAAGGUGUUUGCAUAUUCGUGUAUAACAAAUUCCUGUGUAAUACGUUUCCGUUCUUUGUGCGCGAACACGCACAGUGUGCACAGGUAGUGCAUACGUUUGUCGGUUCCCCGGUUGGUUGAAUUUGCGCGUGUCGGGCUUGUUGAGCGUUGUCGAUUCGUCGAACGUCAGCUGCAUUACCGAAGAAUAGAGUGCGUAGCCUGACAGAUGUGCUUUCUCCAGACAACCGUAUGCGAUAACAGGCGGUAUCGAUUGUUAACUUUCCUCGUAAGGCCGAGCACUUGCCACGUAAAAGCGAACGGCUGAUGCGCUAUCGAUGAGUUUUCACAGAGAAAAUUUUAACACUGAAAGGCCGCCGUCAACGUGGUCUCGGAGAGACAGUGAAGAUGGCCUCAGUGAAAAACGAGGUCUUUCCAAAUUUGCAAUUAUAAUGUAAAAAGACUUGAAAAAGAAAUAAACGAAAUGUCGAUUAUCCUAGUGAUUGUUAUGCAAGGAACACGCAGACGUUAAGCGUACUGAGCGAUUAAUUAAUUGUAGAGAGAAAUUGUUGAUUAAUAAUUUUUUAAAUAAAUUCGUAGCCUUUUUUUCAUUCUUCUAUAUACGUUUUAACAUUCUUCUAUAUACGGUAAUAUUAAUAACAUAGGAAAAUGAUAUCAACGUUAAUUCAACGCUAAUUGUUCGUCUCUCAACUUCCAAAAUUUCCUUUUCAAACAAUAAACAAUAAAUCGCUCGUCUGUAUUUUGCUAAUUUGCAACCAAAAUGUUUAGAUAUUAUCUUUUAUUACUGAAAAGAAGAUAGCACGCGUGUUGCAUAAUUGAUCGCGUAACGUGUAACGUGUAAUAUAAUUGUAAUGCACUACCAACAUUUGAAACGUCUCGAUGAUUAGAUAAAAAUUAAAUGAAUGUAAAUUAUAAUACAGAGCAAUCUGAAAAAGUUUAUGUAAAAGUUUUGUAAAAUUACUAAAAAUUCUAUAUGUACAUGUUCAUUCUAGAUAUGUAUUACGCUGAAGUAAUAAUUCGGUAUUUAAUUCUAAUUAUGCAGUAAUGUCAACUAUUAUUAAGUAAUGAAAGAAGAAAUUAAUAUAAUUAAAUUACAUAUACAUAUAUAACAACAGAUUAGUCAAUACACUAUGGAAAGAGAGAUAAUAGCAAACAUCUCAAGAAAUUUACUUAAAUGACAUCUAUUAAUGAUAAACAUACGUGAUACAUUUCACAUUAAAUUGCGAUUUAGUCGAUACGUGCAGAAAUUAAUUAUUCUGCUCAUCGUUGCAUAAUGAUCACAAUCAGGGUACGCGAAGCAUAAUACGUUAUUUAACAUCGUUACAUCGUUAAGUAAGAAAUAUUGCUAUUAAUUAUGGCAUUAAAUUAAAAUCCAUAAUUAAUCAUAGAGAUUUUAAUCUUUUUAAUUUUUAAUCGUAAUGAACGAGGGUCGUGCAUAUGUUAUGUUCAUUUGCAGAUGUUGGCAUUUUCCUUGCCGUGAUUCGCGUUGCAUUGUAAAUGUGAGAAUUGCAUCGCUGGGAGAAAAUGUACAAAGAAUGUAUACAGUAAAUAUGUAGAUGUAAAGUUUCAUCAUCGUAUCCGUUUAUCAGGUCACAUUAAUUAGAUUUUGUAUUAGAGCCUGUAUUAAACUUUGCGGUGUCCGUGGUGUCAGUGAGAGUAGACAGCGACGGAGAGCUCGUCUCGUCCAAAUUCCUGGAGCCAAGCUCGUCCAGCUCAUCUGAAAUAGUAAUUUUUAUCUGUGUUACGCAUUCAUUUGUAAUACUGCAAUACAAUAUAUUGUGAUAAUACUACAA